AUGAUCGAUACAAGCACCAUAAACAUUGUUGACGAGACACGUUCAACUAAUAAUGUUACGCUGGGUAUGAACCCAUCUCCGAAACUAAUACAAAAAAUUGCACUUCCUGUCAUUAAUCCCUGCAAUGACCCACAGAUCCUACUAUUCAACCUUGAUGAUAUUAAACUUUUAAGAAACACCCACCAUGUUUUAGGGAUGUUAAUAGGUACACUUCCCCAAUUUCCACAACAAAAUCUCUUUCUAGCCAUUCCACUCAAACUCAAUAUUUACGAAACAUUAUGGCUUAUCAAACUGGGGCAAGCAAUGCUUAUUGAUCAAAUGGCGUACCGAUUGGCCAAAGUUCGGGAUUUCAAUAAUGUCUCUUUAAAUGCAAAUGUUGAGGGUUCGCUCAUCACCACUGCUAAUACGGAUCACACGACGUACGACUAUGAACUAGCGCAACAGCAUGAAAUAGAUGUAAAACAGUACCUUACUUCUUAUCUCGCUAGCAACACAUACAUGUCUACAGAUACUUUGCUUCGAAACUUUCACUACUAUGCAUUUUUACAAUCUCAAGGUUACUUCAUCAACCCUGGUUUAAAAUUUGGCGGCGACUUAGUUUUAUACCCCGGGGACCCGUUGCGUUUCCACUCGUAUUCGAUUGUAAAAUUUGACUUUGUGGAUAUGUACGAGAUAAUCCUGGGUGGAAGGUUGGCCACUUCGGUGAAGAAGAAUUUGGUACUCAUGGGACUGCGACGAAAUAUGAAUAAAAUCGGUGAAACUAAGAAGGACACAAUUGGUGUACCAAAUGAAAAAGAGGAGAACACAUCCAUGGUAGAUGUUGAUGACAAGUUUAUAGAAAACUUAUUUGAAGAUGAAGUGCCUCUUUGCUUUUCAAUUGAGUGGGCAGGGUUCGGUUGA